GGUAGCACUGAAUCCAAAAUCAAAUUCAUUAGUCAAUAAGUUGACUCUGCAAAUACAUUACUCUCCUCUCAGUCUUUUCCAAAAACUCGCACAAUGUCGAAGACUUCCAGACAUUCAACAACGGAAAAUGUGCGCAAGUCGGUGAAACCGGUAGUGGUGAAGAAGGUUCCUCGUCUUAGAUCCUAUGAUGGGGAUGCGUUCGUUAGCUUGUUCGCCCGCCGCGGAGCUCGGGAUAUCAUGAUUUUGGAUGCCCAAGGAAUGCCCCUUCGGUCGACCUGCAGCCAGAGGCGCACCUUCUUCUUUGUCUCGAACCUGAAGCCACUUCUUUUCAUGGCCCGGAACGUGGUCAGGGAUCUGGAUCCCUCGAACGACAUAACCUUCAUGAGGAUUCGCUCCAAUGUCGGCGAAAUACACAUGACCUUGGGCACGGAUUUCAUUUUGAUUAUGGUGCAAAAGUUAAAGAGGAACCGAAAGAGUUCCAUUUCAUAAAACAUUUUCCAAUUGAAGGGCGGGUGUGUGUGUGUGUGUGCGGGAGUUAAUUGAGCUGGUCCACUAAAAAUUAAACUGCAUGCAAUCAUGGCAAA